UCAGCUUUGUUUCUUAUGUUCUCUUUCAAUGGAUGAACAGUCUCUUCGAAACAGGCAAACAACGAGCGUUGGAGCAGAGUGAUUUUUUGCCUCUUUCAAAAGAAAAUCAUACUUCGUUUGUAACCGAAAAUCUUCAAGAGAGCUGGAGGAAGGAAGAGAGAAAAUGCCACGAAACUCGAGGACGACCAAAGCUUUGGAAAAGUGUCAUAAAAACAAUCUCUUUAAGGGAAGUUAUGAUCCUCAUUUGCAUGGGUAUUUUUCGCUCGUUCUUUAGUAUUCCCCUCCCUCUCCUCCUUGGAUAUCUAAUUUCAGCGCUAAUGUUGCCUGACCCACAGGAAGAACUUCUCUACGGAUGUGCACUUGCUCUUUGUUUCAGCACUUUGAUAGAGAGAGUCACAGCUCAAAUGCUUAGGUACAGAUGUGAGUUAUUGGCAAUAAGAAUUGGCAGUGCUCUAAAAGCCUUAGUUUAUCAUAAGACACUUCUACUCAGCAAGGACACAUUGCUCCAGUACACAACAGGUAAAGUGAUUACUCUGGUUUCAAACGAUGUUCAGCGAUUGGAAGGAGAGACUAUCAAGUGGAUCUUUUUGGGUUUCAUUUCACUCAUUGAACUCCUCUCGCUACCGCUUUUAAUGGUGUAUUUGAUUGGCUGGCAGUCUCUCAUGGGAGUGCUAUUUUUGUAUCUCCUCCUUCCAUAUUUCGCCUUACUGUCCCAAGGGGGUGCUGUUUUGCGUUUACGUACAGCAGCGGUCUCCGACCAACGUAUCUCUCUGCUGAACCAGGUUAUUUCUGGGAUACGUUCUAUCAAAAUGCAUGCUUGGGAAGAUGAGUACCGGCAACAAGUCAGGAAAACUCGAAGAAAUGAAAUCUCCAGUAUCCGAAAGAUGUGGGCUCUUCGCGCAGGUGUUUUGGCCCUUAGAUGCUCUUCAGUUACCAUUGCAACACUGCUAUCAGUCAUUGCUCUUGUGCUGACUGAAGAAACUCUUACACCAGUCAACGUUUUUAUGAUGAUUUCAUUUAACAACAUGCUCUCGAUAUGUAUUUGCACUUUCCUUGCGUUUGCUUUACUAGACGGAUACGAAGCUCAUGCAUCCAUCGGUAGAAUUGAAGAAUUUCUCCUCGUGAGAAAUUUACGAGUGACUUCAAGUGAUCGUUCAAGCCGAAAAGAAACAGAAAUUGAAGCGAAGAACUCAUGUGAUAAGAAGAGGAGUUCAGUGGAUUUUCAGAAAAAACUGGGCGAUUUUUCCAUUGUGAAUGAAUUACAAGAUGAAACAAUAUUGCGUGUGAGAAGUUUGACGUACAAGCAAAUGGAGCGACGAGACUCCUAUAUUCUUCAGGAUAUCGAGCUUUGCACAACUACAAGUAGUUUGACAGUCAUCACCAGGCCAGUUGGUAGUGGAAAAUCUACUCUUCUCUCAGUGAUCGCUGGCGAAGUUUCAUUCACACAAGGAGAAGUAUCCUGCCAAGGAACUGUAGCGUAUGUUCCUCAGACGACUUGGGUAUUUACUGGAACUAUACAAGACAACAUUUUGUUUGGUUUGUCACACGAAGAGGUAAAGUACACCAGAGUAAUUGAAGCUUGCGCCCUGACUGACGACAUCCAGCAGUUUCCUGACUCUGAUCAAACACUUGUUGGCCAGCGUGGUGUUGCUUUGAGCGGAGGCCAGCGGGCUCGGGUAAGUUUAGCACGUGCAGUGUACGCUAAUGCAGAUGUGUACCUUUUGGACGAUCCUCUGAGUGCCGUUGACUUCAAAGUUGGACAACAUAUAUUUGACAAAUGUAUCAAAGAACUGUUAAUCGGUAAAACUCGGAUGAUGGUCUCUCAUCACGAAGACCACAUGAAAGACGCUGAUGAAGUGAUCGUAUUGUGUAAGGGCCGUGUGAUGGAAAGAGGAAGUUUUCUUGAGUUGCAAGACAAAGGAAUCUUUCAUAAAACCACUGACCCACAAUACAAGAAGAUUUCGACCGAAGGCAAUUCAGGUGGGAAGUUUGUAAGAGAGAUUGAAAAUGAAAGUGUUCGAUCUGCUGGCUGCUUGGUUGGAAUAGAAUCUCCGUCAAAAGAAACCAGGAGUCUUCUUACGCCACAAGAAGAUCGCGAAAUUGGAGUAAUUUCUUCCAAGCUUUACUGGAACUAUUUCAGAAGUGGAAUGUACACUUGGAUGAUUGUGGCAACAACCCUUUUCUCUGUAACAGCUCAAGGGAUGUUGGUUGCUCCAGAUGUGUGGCUCUCUUUCGCGACAAAGCAACCUCUUCAAGAUCAAAAAGAUCAAUCAAACUUAGCUAUGUAUGGAUGUCUUGUUGGUGUAUCCCUCAUGUUUAUAUUGGCACGAACAUUUGUUUUACUCUCCUGCUUUUUACUAUGCUCUGAACGUCUUCAUGACAACAUGGUCUUUGCUAUUUUACAAGCUCCCGUCGUGUUCUUUGAUUCGAAUCCCGUGGGAAGAAUCCUUAAUCGAUUUUCUAAAGAUAUCGGCUGUUUGGACGAGCAGUUACCAAGAACAUUUCAGCUAGCAAUUGACGCUCUCUUAAUCGUGCUUGCAUCAACAAUUGUUCCAACUAUUAUAAAUCCUUGGCUUACUUUCGUUCUCAUACCAUUGAUUGUGGUUGCCAUAUACCUCUCCACGUAUUAUUUGAAGACAUCUCGGGAGCUUAUGAGGCUAGCGUCCAUAUGUCGUAGUCCAGUGUUCUCUCACAUUUCGGAAACCCUUGAUGGACUAGAGACGAUUCGGACCAGAGGCCGACAAAGUGAUUUUGUUGAUCAGUUUUACAGACAUCAAGAUCUGCUGAAUCAAGCUAACAUUUUGGUACUAGCCAGUGGGAAAUGGAUCAGUGUGCGAUUUGAAAUUCUUGCAUCACUAUUUGUUGGUGCAGUGGCUUUAUUGGCUGUUUAUGUAUCUCAGGAUGCCGCUUUUGCUGGACUUGCCUUGGCUUAUGUCGUUCAAAGAUUUGGACGGACUCAUUACGCCGUCCAAAAAACCUCCGAGGUUGAGAAUUUGAUGACGGCUGUUGAACGAGUUUUUACGAAUACCAAGCUUGGGUGUGAGCCUGGAUAUGUGAUAGAACGACGACCCCCGGAAAACUGGCCAAAUAAAGGAAAUAUCAUAUUCAAAGACGUAUCACUGACAUAUUAUCUAGGAGGAUCACAAGUGUUGAAGAACAUCAAAGUCAAUAUUAAAGGGGGUGCAAAGAUCGGUGUUGCCGGCCGGACGGGUGCUGGAAAGUCGUCUUUUGUGGCAGCUCUAAUGCGCAUGCCUGAAUCAUCUGGCGAAAUAAUCAUUGACGGUAUUCCAAUAAAGCAAAUCAACCUCCAUGAAACUCGACGAUGUAUAUCCGUUCUUGGCCAGAGUCCAGUUCUGUUCAGUGGAUCACUGCGGAAAAAUCUCGAUAUUAUUGAACAGUUUACAGAUGCAGAUUUGUGGCAAGUUCUAAAAGAUGUACAACUAAAAGAGUUUGUGAAAAGUGUUCAUGGGAACCUUGAUCAUGAACAGUUAGAAAAUGGUGCAAAUAUCAGUGUAGGAGAACGACAGUUGAUUUGUUUGGCUCGUGUGCUGUUGCAGCGAAACAAGAUCGUCGUCUUGGAUGAACCCACGGCCAAUGUAGAUCCAAAAACAGAACAAACAAUUUGGGGCGUGGUGCGUGAAAAACUGAGGGAUUCCACGGUCAUCACGAUAGCUCAUCGAUUGAACACUAUCAAAGACUGUGAUAAAGUUUUGGUUUUGAAACAUGGAAUGGUAGCAGAGUUCGAUGAGCUGGACACAUUGGUCAACACAGAAGAAAGUGAGUUGGGCGAGACGGCACGAGUUGCCACUUCCAAAACAAAGUGA